AUGGGUCGACGAUUCGCUAGGUUCAGACGUUUCUCUGAACAAAUGGUGAAGAUAACGAGAAGAAUAUUUACAAUGUGUCAAUGUGGGCAGAUGAAGAGCGAAGUGGAAGAGGACAUUGUGCCUGUCAAGUGUGUUUUGGAUGGUAGUGUAGCCACCUCACGCCGACAAGAGGCUCAACCUGAGACAGACUGUAAGCACCAGUGGGUUUCCGCGAGUUUUGCGGACAAUGACGUGGGUGCCAAACCCAGACUCAUAACAGUAAAACCGCUCAGUUCGAGCCAAGGCUCUGGUGACAACGGCUCAUACUCCAGUCAGGAGGACAGCCGCCAGAUUGUAUCCGACCAGAUAUAUGAUGUAACUCAACAACCGGGCGAAGUCAACUUGAUUUUUGCUGCUUCCGAGCAGUGGGCUCGGAUUCGUCCUACCCGAGUUAAAGUCCUGGUAACUCUUCUACACGGUUUUAUGAGAGACAUCGACGUUGUCACCUCAUCUCCUGGCAUUAGUGGCAAGUUCAUCAGGAAGUCCAUGACCACUAUUAUCGGAUACCAAGAAGCCAGCACUAUGUUGCGAUGCCAGAAUGAUUUUGUGGUGAAACUGUUGGCCUGUUUCACCUCCAGAACCACCAUAUACCUCUACAUGCCACUUUACCACCUGAGAGAUCUAGGCUUUUGGCUUCGCUUGGACUCCGACAGGAAAAUCAUCGGGGAACCUGAGGCUAAGUUCAUUAUUCUGCAUGUACUGGUGGCCAUCUUUACAGUGCACAAUCUUGGCGUAGUACAUAUGGACAUAAAACCAGAAAACAUCUUCAUUGACAGCAGUGGCAACCCGGUACUGGGCGACUUCGGGGGCGCCCUUUGUGUUCAGCAGGGUCUUCGCCCCCAUUGCUACACGACUGAAUAUGCCUCCCCUGAGGUGCAUCUGAAUCUUGUAGUAGACAGAAUGGCGGAUUUGUGGGCGUCAGUUUCCACAUAUUAUGAGAUUAUUUCAGGCACUUAUCCCCAUGUACUGAUGGAAACAUUGAAUGAUGAAACGGCCGUAUGUCGUGAAGUUAUCUUUGACGUACAAAACUUUUCCCCUCUUGCUGCAGAUUUCGUAUCAUCCCAAUUACAUAUUGACAAAUCCAGGCGUCUUGGUUCCACUCAGGGUGUGGUUGAGGUGAUGAGGCAUGGGCUAUUCCAACCCAAUGACUGGGAUACUGUAAAGGACAGGGUUUCUGGGAGGAAAUCUCCACUGUGUGACGUUUUCAUGAAAGUGAUGGAAGAGUGGCGCGGCACCUCCAAACAACAACCAAGGAAAGGGACGUUCACAAGGCGCAAAGACACAUAA